GGAGCGUGCGGGGCAUCACGUGAACGCAGCACCGGGCGGUGCGCGCGCCGCGUCGCGCUGUGCUGACGAGACGUUGCUUGUGGAAACAGCUGGUGGUUUCUGUCAGGCAGCGGCAGCGCACACUUCGGAUCGACCGGCGCUCCUCGGAGGGAACAAAAGUUGCUGUCGGACUCAAAACCGAGCCACUUCGCUUCGACUCGAGCCUGUGCCGCUGCUCCGCCGGACGUCGCGGCGUGUCAUCCCGUGAACGCCACUUCCUCGGCCGGUUGUUAAUCAACGCGCUGGGCUCGUCGAUAGCGACGGAGCGGUGACGCUCGACCGACGCAGCCCGGCUGCUAACGGCUGCUAACGGCUGCUAGCUAACUUAGUUCUCCCGCAGUACGACGGGCUCCGUGUGGGUCCUCUGUCAGCUGUUGCUUUCCUGGCAGUUUAGGACGAGUUUUUAUUUUCUUCCCCCCCUCCUUUUUGCUCAGUUUCAACAUGACUCAUGUUCAUUAUAAAUUCUCCUCUAAACUCAGCUACGACACGGUGGUGUUCGACGGGCCGCACGUCACGCUGAGGGACCUGAAGAGGCAGAUCAUGUGCAGGGAGAGGCUGCGAGCCGCCGACUGCGACCUGCAGAUCACCAACGCACAGGACAAGCAAGAGUACACAGACGAUGAUGGUCCCAUCUCCAAGGGCUCCUCUGUCAUCGUCCGUAGAAUCCCCACCAGCGGAGGCAGGUCCGGCUCGAGCAGCAAGACCCACAACCAUGAACGUUCAGCUUCCCAGCAUCAUCGCUCCUUGGAUGUCGUCAAAGCAAUGGAUCAGCCGACUUCUUCGAGUACCUUGCACUUUUUCUCCAAGAUGGCUAACCUGGCUGAUGCAGAUGUGUCAGAGGAAGAUAAGAUCAAAGUAAUGCUAAAUCAGUCCACCUACGAUUCCAUGAAUUACAGCAAGAAGUUUGGUACUGUUCUUCCCGCAAACUACACUUGUUAUCGCUGUGGAAAUACUGGACACCACAUCAGGAACUGUCCCAUCAACGGGCAGGAUAAAAAUUCCGAGGCCCCACCAAGAAUAAAGAAGAGCACAGGCAUCCCUCGUUCCUUCAUGGUCGAGGUGGAUGAUCCCAGCAUUAAAGGAGCCAUGCUGACCAACUGUGGACGUUACGCCAUUCCUGCCAUAGAUGCAGAGGCGUAUGCCAUUGGGAAGAAGGAGAAGCCUCCAUUUGUUUCACAGGAAAAACCCAAGUCGGACAUCGAGGAGGAUCCUGUACCUGACGAACUCCUUUGUCUGAUCUGUCACGACCUGCUGAGUGACGCUGUUGUCAUACCCUGCUGUGGAAACAGCUACUGUGAUGACUGUAUUCGCACCACCUUGCUGGAUUCAGACGAACAUGUCUGCCCCACUUGUGACCAAUCAAACGUCUCCCCUGACACCCUGAUCGCCAAUAAGUUUCUCCGACAGGCUGUGAACACUUUCAAGAAAGAGCGAGGCUACAACAAAAGUCUGACAGGAAGCUGUGGUACCUCCCAGUCCCAAAAUCUCACCCCAACACAGAGCCCUGUGCCCACACCGCCCCCCCUCACUGUGCUGAGCCAGCCUCAGAGGCCGAAGAGCAGCCAGCAGGAUCCUCUGCUGUACCGCCCACAGGCCGCAGACACACCACAACUAUCUGGAAAUCCUCCUGUGGCAACAGGCCCCGCCUCUGCUUGCAACACGGCCAACACCUCCCUCAAGAAGGAGCAAAGAUGUCUGGAGAUACCUGACAAGGAGGCUGAAGGAGAGAAACAGAAACAGGAUGACGCAGCGGCUGUUGCUGCUGCUGCUGCUGCCGCUGCUGCUGCCGCUGCUGCUGCUGCUGCUGCUGCCUCCCCUUGUCUACCGGAUUCAAACAAAGACCCCACUGCUGCUCCUUCACGGCUGAUGUCAUUGGUUAACCACACAACAGUGGCAGAGCAGCCACAGACAGUCAUUGUGAAUCAACAGCAGACGUCUUUAGGUUCAUCACCAAGACCCCCGGGUCCAUCAUCUUGCUGGGGCAGCUCCUCUUACUCCUCGGGUUGUCCCACCGGAAGCUGGACUGAAUCCCAGCAGCCCUCUUCCUCCCCCUCCUCAGCAUAUCCAGCGCCUAUUCCACCUCUAUUUCCCUCCCCCCUUUUUCACACAUACCUCUCGGCUCACCAGUCCCACAGCGGUUACCCUCCUGGAUACCCACCUACCACGCCCAUCUGGACUCUCCCAUGCCCCCAGGGUGCCCCCAUCCCUUCCCCCUGCUCCUCUACCUCCACCUCCUCCAUUCCUCCCCUCGGCUCCAAGGACUGGUACUUGCAUCAGAGAAAGAAGAAGGAAAGGUCGCCUCACAGAGGAUCUGCCUACAGACGCUCCUCGUCUCGCUCUAAUUCAAAGUCUUCUAAGUCCAAGUCUUCUCGUUCCUACUCUCACUCCUCAAGCAGGUCCAGAUCCCGUUCGCGAUCCAGAUCCCAAAGCAGAUCAAGGCCCCGCUCACCUUACUCCCAUCAAAGAGAUCCCCACAGCCGCUCUCAUGCCUCUUAUAGCUAUGGCUACAAACGCUCCCCGACACCGUCCUCAUCAUCUUCACCUCACGUUGGUCCCCAAUCCAGGUCCAAGUCGCCAUCGGAUCACCACAAAAACCGCCACCACAGCCGCAGUCACACCAAGAAGUCUGCUUCGAGCAGCUACAGCUCCACGAGGCGAGCAGAAUGCUCAGGGAGGGAAGUGGGAGGCUUCGGGGCGAGUUUAACCGGUUCCCAUUAUACCCAGCCAGCAAAUCAAAAAAGCAGUCAGGAGCUGGACAGGGAGCGCUACCUACAGUGGAAGAAACAGUACAAAGACUGGUGUGAGAAAUAUUUCAGCAGGUAUGUCGGCCACUUCCAUCAGCUGCCUCUUCCCUUCAUCAAUCUUCCUCCUCCUCCUCUGUGGGAAGGAAACAAAUAUCCCCCUCAUGCCAACUUGGACUCUCGCUACCAGAGCGCUGCCUGGAUGGACGGACGCUCCCCUCCAUCACAGUCAUCCAGUGACAGUCGCUCACCUCCAUCUCAUUCCUCAAGUGAAAGCCGCUCCACGCCGUCUCAGUCGUCCAGUGACAGUCGCUCCCCUCCAUCUCAUAUGUCCAACAACAGCCGUUCCCCUCCCUCUCGGUCGUCUAGCGAUGGUCGCUCUACACCGUCCAAAGACGGGACUGAGCCGGGGGCACAUCAACAACUGAAGGACGGUGACCUGCCGUUCACUUUUACAAAGGGCAGUAAGGAGGUGGAAGUCCAAGAAAGAAGCAAUGAUGACAAGCGGGUGAUCGGUAGAAAUCCAGAGGACCUCAGCAUCGUAAAAAAUGAGCAAAGGAGGACAAAGAAACAUGAGGGUGGAAGAGAAGAGGAGUCGACGUCCCGUGAUGCUGUAGACUCAACAGAGGAUACCCGAAAGGAUGAGAGGGGGCACGACACUGGACCACAUGCCCGCAAGGAUGGCACCUCAGUAAGGGACAAGGCGACCUUUCACCCUUCUCUGAAACCAAAUUUAGAAGGAGAGAAAGGGAGGAGAAGAGGUCAAGAUUCAGACUCCAGACAAGAUGUGGAGAGACAGCGCAAACUAAAGUCCAAUAAAGAGGCAGGUAGAAACGAAAAUCCUGGAGGCAGCAAAGCGGCGGUCUUAAGCUCAGAGAAGAUUAGAAAAAGAAAAGGAGAGAACCUGGAGCAAAAGGAAACCCGCAAAAGUGAAUCCCUCGAUCCAUCUGACAGAAAGAAGCCAAAAUCCGAACAGAAAAAGGAAGGUAAAGCAUGGCCGCUGAGAGAGAGGGACAUCUGGGAGGGAAAAAUAACCGUGAAACCACAGAAGAAAAUAAGCAUCAACAUCAACCUGGAUGGGAAAAGGAAGGAGGAGAAAACUGAAACACAGGAGAAUAUCAUAGGAAAAUCAAAGGAGGAAAUGGAGAAUAUUGGUGAUAGAGAAGGGAAGUUACGCAGAGGAGACACCGGGGUUGAAGUUAAUGAAAAGAAGGAAUCCAGCAGAGAAAAGGAAGGUGUGUUUGAAGAAAAAAUAAAACCAGAUGAAGGAGACGCAAAGCAGUUAUUGGACAUCCCUGCCAUCAGAGUUGACAAGAGAGGGAUGUGGGUUAACAUAGCAGCAGAGAAAGAAGAGGUUGUAGGAAAGAAAGCGGAAGGAGAAGAUGAAGACUUUGACUUAUGGCAUAGUGCCCUACUCUCCAAGGAGGAGAAGGAGAGUAAAAAUCAAUGGGAGGAAGCAGGCGGGAUGAAGCCCAGCAAAAGUGAAGAGCUGACAAGAGACGAGAGGAGGAGCACGACUGGAAAAGAGGAGGAAGAAGAGAGAGCAAGGAAAGAAAGUGGAGGCCAAAAUUCAGAGAAUGUGAGGGAAAGCACAUGCGCGGAAAACGCGAGAAACUCGCUGGAGGUGUCGAAGCCAGACGAGGCGCUGAUGGAGAGAGUGAAGAGGUGGAAGGAGGAAGAAGAAGAAGACACAAUGAGGUUCAACUCUCAGAGGAGCAGCAGCGAGAGCCACGAUGACAGCAGCUGCGAGGAUGAGCAGGAGAGGAGGACGGUGGGGAAAAAUCUGGAGGAAUACAUCCAGGAUAGAGUGGCCAAGGCCGAGGAUCAGCUGGUACUCUUACAGGUCCCUCUCUCCAAAUGGGAGAAGGUAGAGUCUGAGGAGGAAGAGCGGAACGAAGAAGAGGUCAAAGCUCAAGAGCCUCUGUCUGUGGUUCUGCCUCCACCAUUAGCGAUCUCAAGCAACAGAGAGACAGAGGGAGAGAGUGAGCAAAAGAGACAGAGGUCAGUUGACGUAAAGAGAGACGGGGACAGAGUGACACUGAGAGGAAUGGAUGGGGAGAAAGGGCAGAGCUUCACUCUGCCCAGUUUAGAAAGAAUUGUGGCUCCCUCUAGUGGCAAAGAUACGAGCGACAGCGCCUUGGGUACAGACAGGGAGAGGGGGAGGGAGAGAGAGAGGCCAAGGGAUAGAAAGAAAGAGACCAAAAGAUCAAAAGAGAGGACCAAUGAGGAAGAAAGGGGGAGGGACAGAGGGAGAGACAGGGGGCACAGCAGCAACGCCUCGGUCCAAAAGAAGAAUCUCCCUUCCUCCGGUCACUCAACGUCAAAGGACAUGGAGAGGAGGGACUGGCAGCGAGGACGCCACCACGAGAAGAGUUCAGACUCCUCACGCCCUGACGGGAAACACAGUGUUAGCAGGGAAAGAAGCUCGAUAAGCAGAGCUGCAGAAUUGCCUGAUAAACAUACACACAAAACAUACAGAGACACAUUACUGGACUCAAAGCGUCAUGACAGCAACCCUCCCCAUGACUACCAUGGUCACCGGUAUCCAGCAGGGAACCGACACCAUGACAGACCUGCAGGGACUCACCACUCCUCACCUUCCCUCUCCCACGGACAGGGUAAGGAGGGAGACCCAUUCCCCUCCAGAGUGUGCAGCCCCGGUCGGAAGUUAAUGCAGAACAGAAGUAGAAAUGAGGGCAAGGAAUAUAAGGGGGAGUGGAAGACAAACAACGUGGAUAAAGUGAUAAAAGAAAGCAAAGGGCAGAGAGAGAAGAGAGUAGUGGAGGCGGAGACAGAAGGAGGGAAUCAGUGGCAAGAUGAGGUUCAUAAAAUGUCUGCAGAGACCAAGUGGGAAGGACAAAGGGAGCUGGUGGAGGGAGAGGGGCCCAGCAGCAGCAGCAGCAGCAGCAGCUCAUCAGCAAGCCAUGAGAGCAGCAAUGACGACAGGAGGAAAGAGGGCACGAAGAAACAGAAAAGGGAGACAAGCAAAUCCUCCCCGGAGCUGCUGGAGGAGUGGGAGCUGAAGAAGCACAAGAAGAAGUCAAAGAGAGACAACGACGGGAGGGAGGAGGAGAGUGGAGGAGAGGUGGACGACUGGUGGAAAGAAGUUAUGUCAUCUUGAUCAUCAUGGAGAAAAACAACAUUUACUUGAAAAAAAAAAUUUCCUUUCUCAGUCCAUAAAGUGCCUGGGUCUAAUUUCUCUUUUCUUUCUUCAUGACUUGUUUCUUCUUUUUGGCAGGAUAGUUUUUGUAUUAGCUUAAGAUCUCUCACAUGAAAAUAAUGUACCAUCUAAAAGGAAAGUGAACAAUCUGUGAAGGAAAAGCACUUUAAUAUAUAUAAUCAUGGAAAUGAAUGUGAAUUAAAUUAACCUUUGACCUCUUAUUUUAAGUUCGAGGAAUUUGCACACGCUCACAACUUGCUCAGGACUGCCAGCAGCGACGGUUCGCUAUUACUGAACCUGCAAUGUUACCGCGUGCAUGAGGAAAAUCUUAUUUUUCCAUAAGAGGUCAGUCAGUACUUUGAUUUGCCUCAUGCCGGAGCACAUAGAGGAUUAUUGAAAGAGUUUGUGAUUCAUUUAAAAGAGAUACUGUGAAUAAUUAUGAUUUGAACUUCUGUGAUGUAUUUUUUUUUUCCUUUUUAAUUUUGUAAAUGUUUAAAAAAAAAUAACUGCUGGAUGGAUUCAUAAUUUACAAGAAGAAAAUUUAGGUUAUUCCUGUUUUGAAGGAAAUAAAAAAAACAUCCAUAAAAA